AUGGAGCCUCUCACAACUACUUAUCCUCUGAAAUACUCAGUGCCCAAAGCCAGGGUCUUUGUUGUCUUUCUGUUGAUGGUUUUGUGUACCGCCAUUCUCUGCCUACUGCAACUCAGAUUUUUUAAACCUAAAAUCAAAGAUUUUUAUUCUUUUGAAGUCAAGGAUUCACAAGGAAGGAUUGUUUCCUUGGAGAAGUACAGAGGGAAAGUGACUUUGGUUGUAAAUGUGGCCAGUUACUGCCAACACACAGACAAAAAUUACAUCACACUGCAAGAACUACACAGAGAGUUUGGUCCCUCCCACUUCACUGUGCUGGCUUUUCCCUGCAACCAGUUCAGACCAUCAGAGCCUAGUUCAAGCCAGGAAAUAGAAUCUUUUGCCAAAAGAAACGAUGGAGUAACCUUCUCUGUUUUCCAAAAAAUCAAGAUCCUAGGAUCAAAAGCAGAGCCUGCCUUUAAAUUUCUAAUAGUUGACUCUACCACCAUGCUGAGGUUGUCAGAUUUGGUGGGAGGGGGCAGGAGCUCAAUAUGGGGUUAUAGUGUCCAACCCACCAGUUCUGGGCCUGUUCUGGGCCCUGGUGUAAGAACACAACACAAUGAGAUGGCCAAGAAGGAGGCAGAGUAG